CAGCACAUAGUCUACAUUUAAUUUCUCUCUGACCAAUCAUAUCCCAGGGACCUAUUCCUUGUUCAAUGCCUAGUCUAGGUGUGCGUCUCAGAUGUGUCUGUAGUCCACGGCCGCAGGGAGCCCAAGUCGUGUUUUCCGGCUCCCGCUUGGUGCAAUGACGACUGACCAAGUGGUUUCCCCACGCCAGACGUCAGCACCGGAAAGUGUGCAAAGUUUAUUAUGCGGCGUCCCCCUGGCAACUGACAAGACAUGCUCAUUUUACUUUUGUGAGUGACUGCACAUGAGCAGCAGAGUCACGCAAAAAAGGCAACCAACAACAAAGGCUGCUCCUCCCUUCCAUCACUCACCUCCUUCAAGCCCGACGGACUGAUCACAUUUACACACACACACAUCAUGGCCCUCCUCACACGGUCACUCGCCCCUCUCUCAAGGACAACCCAGCCCGGUCUGUCAUGCGUUCUCCGCUACAAGUCCUCAUCCACCACUGCGUCUUCAUCAGAAUCAACCCAGUCCCGAUUCCCCGAACUUUUUGAUCAGACCGUCGUCCUCUCCAACGGCGCAACCUUUACCCUCCGCACCCCCUCUCCGCGCUCUCAGAUCCGUCUCACUCGCGACACCCGCAACCAUCCUCUUUGGAACCCCGAGAUGCACGGCAAGUCCUCUGGCGACGACUCUGGCCAGCUAUCGAGAUUCGCCAAGAAGUUCGGAGACCUCGAUGGCUUCGGCGACGAUCUGGACUUUGCAGACGGUGGCGAUAUCGAUCGCAAGAAUCUGACAGCCAAGCAGGUCGCCCAGGCAGCGCCGCCUUCGGGUGGCAAGGGCAAGAAGAAGAAAUAGACGACAUGUGCAGGCAACUAUGAAUAAAUCUGGAUCGACCUUGGAUCAUAUUCAGUACAUUAUCUCAGUAUCAGGCCAGGAAACCGAAAUAAAGACCUAUGGCUACCAGCAUCUUUCAUCCAUUUCCGCGCACUCGUCUUCGCGCUUCUCGCUGGACCUUCAUGCCACCACCACCGCCACUAUCGUCAAAGUAUGUCAGCCAAGGCAACAGGGACGCAACUUGAAAUAAUACCGCGCAAUUGUUCAGUUAUCGACUCGGACAUUCCAAUGGUCCA